UUGCAGCCUGUGUGCGUCCAGACGCCGCCGCCUGUGGACGCGCCUGUCAUCUGGAGGAAACUCCUCCCCGCAGACAGCGCGUCCUGUCGCCUUCCCAGCGCAAUGGUCUCCUGGAUCAUCUCUAGACUUGUGGUACUUGUUUUUGGUACUCUAUAUCCUGCUUACUCAUCUUAUAAGGCUGUGAAGACAAAAGAUGUGAGAGAAUAUGUGAAAUGGAUGAUGUACUGGAUAAUAUUCGCACUUUUUACUACAGUGGAGGUGUUUACAGAUAUGUUUCUUUGUUGGCUUCCUUUCUACUACGAGCUGAAGAUAGCCUUCGUUGUGUGGCUCCUGUCGCCGUACACCAAGGGCUCCAGUGUGCUGUACAGGAAGUUCGUCCAUCCCACGCUUUCCUCAAAAGAAAAGGACAUCGAUGAGUACAUCUGCCAAGCAAAAGACAAAAGCUACGACACACUGGUGCAUUUUGGGAGGAAAGGACUGAAUGUUGCAGCCACAGCUGCAGUUAUGGCUGCUGCAAAGGGUCAAGGCGUUCUGUCGGACAGAUUACGGAGUUUCAGCAUGCAGGACCUGUCGUCGUACCAGUCUGACCCGAACCAGACCGGACCCAGCGCCGCCCAGCCCGCCGCAGCUCAGCACCGAACCAGACCCAUCAUCCGCAGCAAGUCAGAGAGCCACAAGGAUUUUGACAUGAAUGAAUAUGAGGUUCUGGGCUUGGAGCAGUUGGACUCUGCAGAGUUUCUGGCUCUGCCCCAGUCCGACCCGCUCUCUGCUCCCGCUCCGCCCGCCAGUCCUGCAGCUCAGGAGCAGACUGAGGACGGGCCGGGGAAGGAGGCGCAGGCCACGUCGAGCUCCCCACAGCUCAGGAUGAGCAAGAGGAGAGCUCCGGAGGUACGCAGCCUGCCUCCUCUUAGAGUCCUGAGGCCUCUCACAAGAUCCAGGAGUGCUCUUUCUCCAAACAACGAAGCCAUGUGAAGCUGUCUCCUCCAGCUGCCUUCGCUGCAACGAGUAAAAAUACCGAAUGGCCAGAAGCUCCACAACUGAAGCAGCCCUGCUUUGGAACGCCGUUUUACCAAAGUGACCUACGAAGACCCCUAAUUCACAGCAUAAAUAUAUAUAUGUAUAAACCCCAGUGGCUCAUGAUGUUAAGAGGAACGAGGUUUGGUCGCUCCAUGCUGACAGACACUUUGCAUUUAAAUAUGUAUUUAUGUACAGUUUGCGUACUUUGUCUCAUGCUUUUGGUUGUUUUAUAUAUCAGAGGUGGUUGCAUGUGUGUUCCUCGUCAUUGUUCUUAGUUUUUACGAAUGUACUUUAGAGGAAAUCAUCACCAUGGAGAAGGAACGAGACUCAAGCCGAGGCCUCAAACAAACACUGCUUUUGUUUUGUUUUAUGUAUUGUGAUUCACAAAAUUAUCCAUGCUUUCAUCAUCCACUUAUCAGACGUUUACCUCUCUCUUUCUCUCUCUGUGGGCCUUAAAGAAACAGAAACUCAAAAUUAUUUGCACUAUGUCAAUAAUAUACAUCACUGCCCUCAGACAAAGUUGUGGCUCAGUUUUCUUAUCAACUAUUACUUUUAAGAGUUUGAUUUCUUCUGUCUGUGCUUCACUACAAUCACUUUGGUUUCUAAAGACUGGAUAUUUCUAAAAAGAUUUAGAAAUUUAAAGGUGACUUAUUAUGAAAUAUUCACAUUUUGCACGUUUUUAUGCUUCCAUUUGGGUUUCAACUGCUUCUAAAAAGAAAAAAAUACUCCGCCAUUUUUUGGCAAUAACUUAAUAUUUUUCAAUGUCUGGAAAAGGAGCCGUUUCAGAAACCUCCCCAUUUUUAAGUCACAUUUGCGCCAUGCUGUUACCUAGCAACCCCAGCCAAGCCCAGCCCUGUGACCUAGCAACCCCAGCAGAACUCCAGAUUAAACUCUCAUAUUUUCAGAAUGAUUACAUGAUACAUGUUUUGUGUCACCCAUAGAUCUAUCCUGACCUGUUCAAGGAAGCAUAAUAGGUCACCUUUAAGACUGAAAACUGCUAAAUGACGUGAAUUUUUAUUUUUUUUAAUCACUUAUUGCUGUUGACUGAGCAGCUCUUAACACUCUGGUUGUUCCUCCUGGUGACCUGAGCCGCUUUUUUUUGUAGUUUAUUCACUGAGCCCGAACCUGAUUUUCACUGUGUUGGUGUGCAGUAAUCUUACAUGGUUGCAUCUACAUCUUUUAAGGAGGUAAAAAAUAGAAAAAAAAGAAGAAAAACCCCCAAAAGCUUCUCAGGUACAACUGUUCUGUUUACAUCAUUCAUUCUGAUAUUGUAGAUAUACUUAUUACGCACAUUAAACUGUUAUUUCAGUGGAUUAAAUUGUGGAAAAGAAGCAGGAUGUUUCUAAUCAUGUCAGUGCAGUCAGUGUUAGUGUUGGAGGUGAUUUCCAUACAUUAAAUUUAACGCUCAAGCUUUCUGCAUGAUAUUAAUUUUUAUGAACAUUUAAUGAUUUUAUGUGAAGCCACUCUGGUUUAGUUUCUCUGUAGACACAUAAAAUAUAAUGUAUUUGGUUGUACUACAGAAAAAUCUGCAUCCUCAGACAUUUAGAGUCAUAUCAUGUGAAAAAAUGAGGACACCCCGAAAAAUUAUUUCUUUGCUCUAAAAGAAGAAAAAGUACAUUGUUUUUCAUAAUAAACACAGGGAAAAAAAUCCACCAGGAGCUCAAUGAGAUCCAGAUCUGGGCCAGCUUGCUUCAUUACAUUCAGUUCCUUCGUUUUCAGUCAGUUCGUUGUGAAUUUCCCGGCAUGUUUUACUUUAAAUUUUUCAUGAUGAGUUCAAUUGGGUUGAGCCGGACAUUUUUUGGUUUAUAUCAAAAAUAUCCUCUGUACUUGUAUCCAAAUACAGGGUUUCAGGUGGUUUCAAAACCCCAAAUUUAAGACUAUUAUGAAUGGAAUUUAAGACCAGGACAGAAAUUUACGGACGUCGUCCAGCCAAUAAAUUUUGCAUCUACCUAUGAUAGCCACAAAUAGCUAGCUACUUAACUAGCGAAGAUAUGCUAGCAGAGAAAUGUCGCUAACCUCAACCGUUACAUAACGUGUUGAAAACGAUACAGAAAGUACAAAAAGAGAAAUGUUGCUUUUAAUAUCAACAGUACCUGCUGUAGAUUCUGAGAGGUUUUUGAAGACUUAUUUUAGCAUCUUGAAAAAAGUCCGAUUAGACCUUCUUUUAGUGUUGUAGUUUGGCGGCGCUGGUCAUCCUUAAGUCGAGCCGUUGAUACAGAACCAAAGAUGGCGGCCAAAGCAAAAUGGUGGAAAAAACGGUCCUAAAAGAGUCCAGUGUUGGAUAAAUAAAGUAUUUUAUGCGGUUGUUUUUAAAUAUAAACAAUCAACGAGCUCCUUAAGUUUAACAUUAACAGUGCUUAUUCAGCCGUACAGCAUGACGGACAGCGUAUAAUUAAAAAAAAAAUUGCUUUUUAUGUUAUUGGCCACCAAACUCUUGACAAAAGGGAAAACUCAGGUCUUUACACAAAUGACAGCUUAUGAAUUAAUUAUUAGUAGAUCAUUAGGAUCAAUAAACCUUAGACUAACCCAACUGAUCGCUUGCAUUCAUAUGAGACCUCUUCCCCAUCAAGCUUGCAGCGCUUUCAUUUCUUUUAAUAUUUAUUUUUUUAUAUUGAUAAAACCUGAAUAAUAUCUAAAUGUCCCAAAGUUAAAUUUUAGCAAACACAGGCUUCAGCAGGGUGUCCUAAUUUAUCCAUGACUGUAAAUCCAAUUCAGUCCUUCAAUUUUUCUGGCAGGCCAGAAUGAAAUAUUUCUUCAGUAACUAAUUGAUGUCAAUUCAAAAUAAAAAGCAGAAGGGUGAUGACACAAUUCAUAACUGUUGAUUUAUGACUCCAAAAAACUUCAUACACAAUAAUAAAAAAAUAUACAGCACAUUUGAUGGUUGUCCAGUUUUCUUCAAAGAACAAGUAUGAGAUGUUUUAACUUUAAGUUUUAUUUUAUGACAACAAUAUGGAUGUUUCAUAUUAUUACAUUUGGGAUUAGACCA